AUGUUUUCAAACAACAGCUUGGACGAACCGGCUUCGCGUCUUAGCACACAAGCACAGAUAAGUUUGAUCAUUAACAUCAUCAUCAACAUCAUAACUUGUCCGUUCACUGUUCUGCUCAACGCUUUAGUGAUAAUUGCAGUGAAAACAAGACCAACACUUCAGAGCUAUGCCAAUAUUCUACUGGCCUGUUUAGCUGCUACCGAUGCAGUGAGUGGUGUUCUGGCACAACCAUCGUUUAUUCUGUACAUGAUGUUGUUGUUAUUUGGAACAGGUGCGGAUCAAAGCACCAAACUUGAGGUUCAUUUAUCCCACAAUUCUGCUCUGCGCGUUGUGCUUGUCUGUUCAUCGCUUCAUCUGAUAUUGGUGACUUACGAGAGGGUAAUUGCGAUUAAAUUUACCAUGUACUACCCUAUCUUUGUCACAGCCCAGAAACUCAAAGUAGCAGUGAUUGCUUUUUGGCUUGUUUCAAUUUCUUCCGAGCUAGUAAACCGCGCAACAGAGGACCCUUUAUUUUCAAACAUUAUAACGACCCUGGCUUUAAUUUUCUGUGUUGUUUUUGUUUCAAUUUCUUACUUGUUGUUGUACAAAGAAACCCUUAGGCUGAGAAGGAAAAUGAAAAAUGAGCAAAUACCACAAGAAGAAGUGGAACGAAUUGCCAAGGAAAACAAAGCACUCAAGACAACUGUGCUCGUAGUCGGAGCUGUUCUGUUAUGUUUUAUCCCCUUGUUGAUGCAUAUUCUAUUGGUAAUUUUGUGGUCGGGUAACGUUGUAUAUCAAGCAAGUUUGUACAAUGUCUUGACACCAUUUUCUCGUACGUUCAGCAUGUUUAACUCCUUCCUCAAUCCACUAAUUUACUGUUUGCGACAAAGAGAAAUUAGAAAAUUUGUAUUAAGAUUUCCUAAAGUAAUACAAGUGGUGCAACCCGUUGAAAACUAGCACGUUUAACAGUGAGGAUUUGACCUGAUCAGAAGUAAGUCAACUGGUGCGGUUCCUCUUUUACCACACCUGAACCGUGCAAGUUUUUGCACAGACCUGGGGCAUAGUUACGCGAAUUUGAUAAAAAAAGAAAAAGCCAUUCCCGUGCUGAGACUGGCGAAAAUUUGUACCGACUCGUUUAAACAGUAUUGCAACAGGAUUUGCACGGUUCCGUGUAAACGGAACAAAAAGCACAAGAUGCAAUUAUUUCUUACCUUUUUAAACUACAUGCAGACGUAAGAUUUGUUAUCAUGAGAAGGAUCAUUCCAGUGUAGUGAUCAAUAUAAUCGCUUUCCUUGUCAGAGCGAAAGUUUUUUUUUCUCACUUAUAUGUUCAAGUUGAGCGCCAAACAAAAUGAAUAUUUGACGUCAUAAUAAGAGAUUUAUGACGUGGCUCGCGCUCGCGCCCCGUGCACUGCUCAACAUUCGACCUCGUUCUCAGGGUUCUGUCCCUGGGAACGAGGUUCCUGUACAUUCUUCCAGUUGUCAUGUUCUGUCUCAAACAUCGUACCCGAGAAAGGGCGUAUCACUGAAUAGUUGCCUAACAAAAAGAUAUUUUUUAUUUACUUCAAUGCACCAGUUUCUAAAACUUUACUUUUAAACACUCCUGCGCAUCUGCAAAAAAAUCUUCGACAAAUGAGUUCGGGCAGUUCGCAUUUCCCCCCUUUUUAGAAACAAUGACUCUUCUACUAAUCAUUUCCAAGUCAGUGAUAGUGGUUAUGUAUCAAACUCUGAACAAAGGCAUAAUAACCUUAGCUUCGAUUUCCGAUGUAAACAUUGAAUCUAGAUAAGUGAACAUAAAAGAGUGGAUGGACACUAGAAACGUAGGCUCGAUUACCAGCCGCCGAUCGGGAAAUGAGCCCCCACUCCUGAACCCAAUCGAACGAAAUGAUAACGAAGAUCUGAAUUUUUGAAAAAAAAGGUGUUCAGGGCUACAUUUUCAUUUGUUGUCUAUCUCAGGUUCUCCUUUAACUAGAUUGCUGUUGCUUUUUUCUUCGUGCAACAGCAAAAGAUCGCUAACAAGUGUAGAUCAACUGUCGCUAAUUGAAGAACAUGUGUUACCCACUUGAGUUAACCAAUCUUGUCGUGGGAAAAAGCUAAGGAGAAAAGGCUUGUAUAUUGAAAUUUCUUAAACAGUGUAAGGCAAUUCACUAAGGACCUCUCAAACAUAAUGGUAAUUCUUUCACCCGAAAAUGUUCUUCGAGGAAGGAAAACUGUUGUCUUCUUAAUUAAAUAACCAAUCAUGUUCAGAUCCUUACAUGGGUAAUAUAUGUGUAUUUAGCUCUUGACUAAGUAAGUAAGAAACGGAUAUAUUAGGCAAAAUAGAAAUGCUUGACCAAAAGCGAUCAGUUGAUCGACCAAAUGCAGACAAAGUUAAGAAACCUGGGAAAGUGUUGACGUUGUCGGUUUCAGCAAGGAAAAAAACGUAAGCAUUUUUCUUCUCAAUAGUAAACAUGUAUGUCACGAACUCUACUUCAGGCUUCAAUUCAACCUUCAUGUUUUCAAACAACACCUUGGACGAACCGACUUCGCUUCUUAGCACACAAGCACAGAUAAGUUUGAUCAUCAACAUCAUAACUUGUCCGUUCACUGUUUUUCUCAACGCUUUGGUGAUAAUUGCAGUGAAAACAAGACCAACACUUCAGAGCUAUGCCAAUAUUCUACUGGCCUGUUUAGCUGCUAACGAUGCAGUGAGUGGUGUUCUGGCACAACCAUCGUUUAUUCUGUACAUGAUGUUGUUGUUACUCGGAGUAGGUGGUAAAAGCGCUGAAGACGCGGUUCAUUUUUUCCAUAAUUCUGUCUUACGCGCUGUGCUUGUCUGUUCAUCGUUUCAUCUGAUAUUGGUAACUUACGAGAGGGUAAUUGCGAUUAAAUUUACCAUGUACUACCCUAUCUCUGUCACAGAACAGAAACUCAAGAUAGCAGUGACUGCUUUUUGGCUGCUUUCAAUUUCUUCUGAGGUACUAAAACACGCAAUAGAGGACUCUUUAUAUUCAAACGUUAUAGCGGCCGUGGCUUUAAUUUCCUGCGUUGUUUUUGUCUCAAUUUCUUACUUCUUGUUGUAUCAAGAAACCCGCAGUCACCAAAGGAAAAUGAAAACUGAGCAAAUACCACAAGAAGUAGUGGAACGGUUUGCCAAAGAGAACAAAGCACUCAAGACAACUGUGUUCGUAGUAGGAGCUGUUCUGUUAUGUUUUAUCCCUAUGUUUAUACUACUUUUGUUAGUAUUUUUGUGGUCGGGAAACGUUGUUGUACAAGCAAGUUUGUUUUAUGUGUUGACACCAUUUGUUCGUACAUUCAGUAUGUUCAACUCUUUUCUCAAUCCACUAAUUUACUGUUUGCGACAAAGAGAAAUGAGAAAAUUUGUAUUGAGAUUUCCU